GGAGCAAGCGCGUCAGUUUUGGAGGUUUUGUCGGACUCGGAUGGCUCCAUGGCACGACGGACAUUUCAGCCUCAACCCACAUUCCUUCAGAAAGCUGGAACACACCUGCGAUCUCUCCUAGCACCAACGGCUGUGCCUCAAAGUCCUCAAGCCCCCCCAUCACAUAAAUGAACGCGUCCAUCCACUCCCAAGAUGACGACCUAGAUCACCUCAUCGCCUCGCUUUCCCACGACGGCGACUCCCACCGCUCCGGCAAACACCCACUCGCAGCAGAAAACAACACGUACAACGUAGACGACCUAUUAGACGAGCUCGACAAGCCAGACACAUCUGCUCCGCGGCCUCGACACGGCGAAGCGAGGGGUUCAUCCGAGUCUCUGGGGCCGAAGACCAAAUGCACAACGCUGUAUAUCGGCGGCACAUCAACACAACGCGGACAAACGGUUGGAUCCGUUCCGCGGUCGUGUAAUCGCGUAAGAUGUGUCAAGUGCGAUUUUAGGUGUUUGGCAUUUCCAGAUGCGACAUGGACCCCCGACACGGACUACCUCUUCCUCCGGAACAACAUGCCGGAUGUGGAGAGGAUGCAGGAGAAGUUGAGCGAGGCUGAUGGUAGGCCCCAUCGAUUCCGUGCCGAAAAACAGUACCGGAAGCGAUGUUCUCGUCGCUCAUCACUCCACUUUGUGGUUUGCUACCCCCACGCAGGCUCCGUAGCGUUCUGCUGCCAGUGCUCAUGGCACACGACCGCGACGCUGACCGACGUGCGGCAAUUGCCAAAGUUGAAAUGGGUGUGCGGCGGGCACUGACUGGGCGCUGAAAAUGCACAUAGAAGACGGAUUACGCACCAAAAGUAAGAUAUAAUAUUCGCGCACAAAACGAGGAUUAGAUGUAGGCGGGCAAUCAUCGGAUUAGCAUAUACAAGGAAAUGAUUGCCGUCCCCACAAAAGUUGGCUU